UACUCCUAAACCCUCCCUUAAACAUCACUUCCUUCUUUCCCUCCAAGAUGCGCGGUCGCCACCAGGGCCACCGUCCCUUCCGCCCUCCGGGCGGCCGUCGUCCACAUCAGCCACAAUUUCAACCUCUAAAUCCCAAUUUGGCUCUCCAAGACCCCAACGUUCUUCAAUUCAUCGAAGCCCUGACAACCCAAAUCCAACCAAAUUUCCCUCUUCAACAAAACCCAAAUAAUUUCUUCUUCCAAAACCCCAAUAAUUUCCUUCCUCAAAACCCUAACAUCCCUAGCCAACAACAAAAACAACAGGAACUCUAUUCCAGCAGCAGCUACAAUCAGCCUCGGAACCAGAGAGACACCACCGCCUCUGGCCAAGUCCCGAAGGAUGUUCGUGAAAGAGCCGACCAGGCCGUGAUGCAGGCUUGGCGCGAGCUUAUUGCUUCCGGAAAGAAUGUUACGGCGUGGAAAGUUUCACAGGCUGCCCUGGUGGCGCUGCAGGUUGAUUCAUGGAGCUCGUUGGGAUUGGAUAUGCAUGGGAUUCCAUCUCUUCAAAAGAUUAUGACCAUUGAAGGAAGGGUUAAUGCAUUUAUUCAAUGUUUUGUUGGAGUAAGGCAUAUUACUACGUUAUAUGAGUUGGAGAUGGCAAUAUGUGAGAAUGAGGGUGUUAAGACAUUUAAAAGCCUGGACCUUGGCCCUUUGCUCCAUCAUCCACUCGUCUUGCGCUACUUUCUACUAAACUCCAAUAGUACAGAAGUUUUUAAAAUGACAAGUGAGGACAUAAUUGCUCACCUUCAUGAAUACAUGGACAGUCAUGAAAAUCAAGAAAUUAUUAUUGAUGAGUUUCUGGAUUUUGUUGCUGACAAGCAAGCUAUCACGAGCAAGGAAAAGCUUGGUGUGCAUAUUCGAAACUUGACGAUGCAUACUAGUUUUAUAACGAAGGCCAAAAGAGAGAAAGAUUUUAAGAUAAAGAAAUGCCAAAAAGGACUGAAGCUAAAAAACCGUUUGAAGGGACUGAAACUAAAACAGCGUUAUGUCAACAUGUCGCAACAAGUUGAGUCAUUUAUCUCAGUACACAAGGAUUUUUCUGGCAAGCAUAUACGAUUUGAUUUAUCAAGCUCAGAAGAGGAGGAUAGCAAUGAUUCUGCACAUGAAGAUGAAAAGAAUGACAACGACGAAGGCAACAAUUCCAAGUUGGCAUCACAAACAAUUAAUAGCUCUGAUCGGGUUAGUAGUUGUCCUUACCCCUCUGCAACAGAAGAGUUGACACGGCUUGGGUUGAAGGAUGGAAUGAGUAAACCUUCUCCUUCUACUGGUAGUUCAAGGCACAACGACUGUACUGGGUCAUUCAAAAGGAAAAGAAAAAUUGGUUGUCCCAGUCCUUCCGUCUCUAGACCACCUAAGUUGAGCAGAAGAGAUGGGGAGGAGCAAGAUGUUGUUCCAAAUGAAAAUGGCAAUAAGGACAAAGAGUCUAGUAAUUUAGAUGAAGCUGAUAUUUCUCUCUCUGAUAACUCGAUGAAGACAUUCAUCACAACCUGGAAAGAGGCAUGUAGGGAGCACACCACGGCAGAGGUUCUGCAAAGAAUGCUUUCCUUUUACAAGUCAAUGGCUCAGAAGAGGAAGAAAAUGAAGUCAAUGCUUUCUUCAUAUCCAUUUAUUGGAUUACUAAAUGUUGCUGUGACAUCUAUUAGAAAAGGAAUGUGGGAUAGCACCUAUGAUACUAUCCAAGCCGGCAGACAAUUUGAAUUAACUAACACUGCUGAUAAUCAUUCGGAAUAUGAAAGCAUUGAUGUUGAACCAAGUGAGAAGGAUGCAUCAAUCCUCACAAAUAUACAUUAUGUGACAGCAGAAGAUGUCAUCAAGAAAAUUAUUGCUUAUUUUGAGCUUAAUCAUGAAAUUCAUGGUGGUAAAGCACAUAAAGAGCAUAAGUUAAUUUUUCUGAGAAAGCUGUUUAAGUGUGAAUCUUGGCUGGCUGAGCAAUUUAAUGUUAGGGAGUUCAAGUCCCUUGCACAUGGGGAGUUCUUCAUGUUCCUAGAAAGACAUGCUUCUUUAUUACCUAUUGAGCUGCAGAAACUCUUGGCUGCUGAAAUAUGUGAAAAGUCUCCUUUAGAGGCUUGCAUUCUCCAGCAUCUGUUGAUUGUUUUAAUAUCACAAGCUUCAUGUAAUUUAGACAAUCAAAUUAUUACCAAGGAGAUUAUUCAUGCACUGCUCAUCAAGCAGUUUCCAUUGUUCAGAUUCAAAGUUAAGGAAAAUGGUUCUAUGGAAGAUUUUCUGGAAGUUAUGGAGAAGUCCAAAAAUGAUAUAAGUUCCAAAUGUGUCUUGUUUUCAGCAUCACUAUUGGGAAUGUGCCAUAAUGGUGAUUCAUUGGCCUAUGAUGAGAACUAUUCAUCAGAAACUAAUUCUGUCCCGAAUGCUAGGAUGGAUAAAUCAGUUGCUUCCAAGGAUGCAAUGGCUGUUUUGCUUAGGGCCCCAAUGUUGUCAGAUUUAAAUUCAUGGUCACACUGGGAUGUUCUAUUCGCUCCUUCUCUUGGUUCUCUAAUAGUUUGGUUGCUGAAUGAAGUCAAUGCAAAAGAGUUGUUGUGCUUGGUGACUAAAGAUGGGAAAGUUAUUCGGAUUGAUCACUCAGCGACUAUAGAUUCAUUUCUGGAAGCUUCUCUUAAGGGAUCUGCCUUUGAAACAGCUUUGAAGCUACUGUCUUUGUGUUCUCUAACUGGGGGAAUAAAGCACCUUCCCUUAGCCCUUCUAAAACACCAUGCACACAUGGCUUUUGAUGUCCUUUUGAAGAACCAUAUGGAGAACAUGGAAGUAGCUGAUGAUCAGAAUUCUAUCAUGAAUGGAAAGGCAUUACUUAGGUCAAAAUUGCUGCAAGAUGUUUCUGUUGGUAAUUUGGGUAAUGAAUUACAGAUGAACUUGAUCCAAUUGAAUAAAGCUGUGUCUCACGCUUCAAGAUUUUUCCUUGAUUGUCUAUGUUAUCUACCUUCAGAAUUUCAUGGUUGUGCUGCUGAUAUAUUGCUUCAUGGGCUACGAUCAGUAGUUAAAGAUUGCCCUUCUGCUAUUUUGAGUGAAUGCAAUGAACUGAGACAGCGUGUUAUGCUACACGAAGUAGGCUUAUCACUUGGCAUAGUGGAGUGGAUACAGGAUUACCAUACAUUUUGUUCCACUGAUAUAAGUAACAUCUUUCUGUCACCUGAGGGAUUAGGAAUGAAAACUGGUAGGUCUGAGUUAAAAACAAGGUCAAACUAUAUGCAAAAUGCAAUAGAUAGGCUUUCCUAUGCUGAGAAAGAAAUCAAAGCGUCUGAUAGGUCAGACAAGCAAGAAGUUCGUCAGGUGAUUGAUGGGGCAGAAGUUUCUUCUGAGGGAUUGGGCAACAAGAACAGAAAACAAUCAUCCGAAGUUGAUGAACAGACAGAUCCAGCCUUGGUUAUUGAGUCAAUCAGGCGAGAUGAGUUUGGUCUGGAUCCAAGUCUUUCAGAUAUGGAGAGUAGCAUGUUAAAGAAGCAGCAUGCUCGCUUAGGGAGAGCACUACAUUGUCUUUCUCAGGAGUUAUAUUCUCAGGACUCACAUUUUCUUCUUGAGCUUGUUCAAAAUGCUGAUGAUAAUGUCUAUUCUGGAAACGUGGAACCAACACUAACAUUUAUUCUUCAAGAAUCGGGUAUCAUUGUUUUAAAUAAUGAGCAAGGCUUUUCUGCUCAGAACAUCAGAGCUCUGUGUGAUGUUGGAAGCUCGACAAAAAGGGGAUAUGCUGGAUACAUAGGGAAGAAAGGCAUUGGCUUCAAAUCUGUGUUUCGGGUUACAGAUGCUCCUGAGAUUCAUUCCAACGGAUUUCAUGUCAAGUUUGAUAUAAGUGAUGGUCAGAUAGGUUUUGUUUUGCCAACUCUAGUACCUCCUUGUAAUGUUGACUCUUUUAAAAUGCUGUUGAGUGGAUGCAAUAAUCAGCUGGAUAAUAAGUGUUGGAACACUUGCGUUAUUCUUCCUUUUAGAUCAGUAACAUCUAACGGAAAUGAUAUGAACAAUAUUGUCUCCAUGUUUUCCGAUCUUCAUCCUUCCUUAUUACUCUUUCUCCACAGGCUCCAGUGUAUUGUGUUUCGGAACUUACUCAAUAAUUCUUCUAUUGUUAUGAGAAAAGAAAUUGUGGGUAAUGGUAUUGUAAAGGUUUCAUGUGGGACAGAUAACAUGACAUGGUUUGUAGCAUCCCAGAAGUUGCAGGCUGAUAUUAUUCAUCGUGAUGUGCAACUAACGGAGAUUUCUAUAGCAUUUACACUGCAGGAGUCUGAAUGCGGGUGUUACACACCAUUUCUGGACCAACAACCUGUUUUCGCUUUUCUUCCUUUGAGGACAUAUGGUCUGAAAUUUAUUCUUCAAGGUGAUUUUGUUCUUCCUUCAUCGAGAGAGGAAGUUGAUGUAGAUAGCCCCUGGAACCAGUGGUUACUGUCAGAGUAUCCCAGUUUGUUUGUUUGUGCGGAGAGAUCAUUUUGUUCUCUCCCUUGUUUCGAGGAAAAUCCUGGAAAAGCUGUCACAGUCUACAUGAGUUUUGUUCCGCUUGUUGGGGAAGUGCAUGGAUUUUUUUCUUGCCUUCCUCGAAUGAUCAUCUCUAAGUUACGAAUGUCAAACUGCUUAAUUAUGGAAGGAGACAAAAAUCAGUGGGUACCCCCUUGCAAAGUUCUAAGAGGCUGGACUGAAUCAGCUCGUAAGCUUUUUCCUGAUGCCUUUCUCCAUGAUCACCUUGGACUUGGAUAUUUGGACAAGGACAUUGUUUUCUCUGAUGCUUUGGCUAGGGCAUUAGGUAUACAGGACUAUGGUCCCAAAGUUCUUGUCCAAAUUAUAUCUUCUUUGUGUCAAAGAGAAAAUGGCCUUAAACCUAUGGGCCUACCUUGGAUAUCAUCUUGGCUGAACGAGUUUCAUACAAUCUCAUUUCAUUCUUCUGGGCAGGCCUCACUCAAUUGUGAAAUAGAAACAGUUCUCGUAGAUAAUCUUAGGAAAAUUCCAUUUCUUCCUCUGUCAGAUGGUACCUUUAGCUCCGUUGAUGAAGGUACAAUUUGGUUACACUCCGAUGCCAUAAAUAAUGGGUUUGAAGGGGAGCUCGGGCUUGAAGCUUUUCCUACAUUGUAUGCUAAACUUCGGUUUGUUAGUCCUGCCCUAUUUUCUGCAUCAGCUGUCAGUACCUCUUACGUAGAUAUGACUCUAGUAGGAAACAUUACUAGUGUGCUUCAGAAUAUUGGUGUCCAACAGCUCUCUGCGCAUGAAAUCGUCAAGGUGCAUAUUUUGCCAGAUAUAUCUGAUGAAAGAAUCAAAACUAGAGACAGGAAUUUGAUGAUAGAUUACCUCUGCUUUGUGAUGAUUCACUUACAAUCUAGCUGUCCGAGUUGUCGUGUUGAGAGGGAUUUCAUUAUCUCAGAGUUACGAAAUAACGCUUUUAUAUUAACAAAUUAUGGCUUUAAAAGACCAGUUGAAGUAUCAGUUCAUUUUAGCAAAGAAUUUGAUAACCCUGUCAAUAUAAAUAGGUUCAUAAAUGACUUGGAUGUGAAAUGGCAUGAGGUUGAUAUCAUGUAUUUGAAGCAUCCAGCUUCCAGGUUGCUCUCAUCUGGUUUGAAGAAGUGGAGGGAUUUUUUCCUGGAAAUUGGUGUCACAGAUUUUGUGCAAGUGAUUCAACUUGAUAAAAGGUUUGCUGAUAUGUCUCAUUCUGUUAUUCAGAGUUUCUUGUCGGAUUGGGACUUAAUUUCCCCAGGAUCAGUUGUCAAGGAUUGGGAAUCUUAUGAGUUAGGUCAGUUAUUAUCCCUAUUGUCCUCAAGUGGCAAUCAGGAAGGCUGUAUGUACUUGUUGGAGGUUCUUGAUGAACUUUGGGAUGAUUAUUUUAGUGGGAAAGCUGCUGGUUGCUGCAAUCUGAAAUCAUGUGGUGAUAGUAGACCUUUCAAAUCUUCAUUUUUGUGCAAAAUCUGUGACAUCCAGUGGGUGGUAUCUAGCAUGGAUGAUAAGCUUCACUAUCCUAAAGAGUUGUUCCAUGACUGUGAUCCAGUGCGUUCAAUCCUAGGUGCAUUUGCUCCAUAUGCUGUUCCAAAGGUGAGAAGUGGAAAGCUAGUAAAUGAUAUUGGCUUUAAAACUCAAGUUACACUUGAUGAUGUCCUCAAGGUUCUAAAAUUAUGGAGAUCUGAGACCCCUUUCAAGGCCAGCAUAGCACAAAUGUCCAGAUUAUAUAUAUUUAUUUGGAAUGAAGUACAUAACGCAACGCAGAAAAUUGCUGAGGAGUUCCACGCAGCACCUUCUAUAUUUGUUCCAUACCAUUCUGCUUCAAGGCCUGACGAUGUGGUGUCUGGCAUAUUCUUGUGUUCUGAAGAAGUAUAUUGGCAUGAUUCGACUGGAAUGAUGGACCAAAUGAUGCAUAAUCAUUCUCAGUCUGGCUCAUUUGUUGAGAAUCAGCGCCCCUUAAACAGAAUAUUGUCCAAUGUUUAUCCAGGUCUCCAUGACUUUUUUGUUAAUGAAUGCAAAGUGCCUGAGAAACCUUCUUUCUGUGGUUACCUUGAUAUUUUGCUGCAGCUGUCAACACUUACUUUGCCUUCGCAAGCUGCUAAUGCUGUUUUCCAAGUGUUUCUGAAGUGGGCUGAUGGACUGAAGUCUGGAUUACUAAGUUCUGAGGAUAUCAUUCACAUGAAAGACUGUCUUACUAAAUCAGAGUAUACUGUGCUUCCCACUGUACUAGAUAAAUGGGUUUCCUUGCACCCGUCUUUUGGUUUAGUGUGUUGGUGUGAUGACAACAAGUUAAGGAAGAGAUUUAAGCACUUCGAUAAUAUUGAUUUUCUCUACUUUGGCACUCUCAAUGAUAAUGAGAAAGAGUUACUUCAGACUAAAGUGUCCAUUCUAAUGCGAACCAUAGGGAUUCCUGUUCUUUCUGAGGUUGUUACUCGUGAAGCAGUAUACGAUGGCCGAGCAGAUGGUAGCUUCAAAGCUUCCUUGGUGAACUGGGCUCUUCCUUUUGCACAACGCUACUUAUACAGUGUUCAUCCCAAUAAUUAUAUUCAACUUAAGCAAUCUGGAUUUGAUAAUAUAAAUCAUUUAAAAAUUGUUGUUGUUGACAAGCUGUACUACAGGAAUGUCAUAAAGAGCUGUGGCAUUGUGGCGAAGAAGCAAUUUAAAUGCACCUGUCUUCUGCAGGGUAAUAUUUUGUACACCACUCCUGAAUCAGAUUCUCAUGCCUUAUAUAUGGAGUUUUCUCGCUUGUUAUUUGAUGGAACUCCUGAUUUGCACUUGGCAAAUUUCCUUCACAUGGUCACAACUAUGGCAAAAUCUGGUUCUAAUGAAGAACAGACAGAGUUUUUCAUCUUGAACAGCCAAAAGGUGCCAAAACUUCCUGAUCAAGAACCUGUUUGGUCCCUUUCUUUUGCACCGAAUGAGGCACAAAAUAGUGAAUUUCUUGAGAAUAGUUCUGCCCCAACAGCAGUAAAUGAGCAAUCCACUUCCAAGUCCAAGAAAAAAACAGAGAUUUACUCAAACUGGCCACCUGUGGAUUGGAAAACAGCACCUGGUCUCAGUAAGAGACAGGCACCUAUUUCACAACCUAAUGAUGGCUCAGAAAAGCAUACAUAUAAUGGUUCUGAGGUCUCUGAUUCACAUACCAGCAGUGGUGUUCCAGUUGAGAUCAAGACUGGUAUGUCCAUGGGAGACAAUAAGGCAACAACCUCAACACUUCUAAUUUUGCCAGAUUCUGAACGUAUGGAAUGCGAACAUGGCAACGCUUGCGGUCCAGCUGAUUCCAGUGUGAGAAUUGCAUUUGAUCCUGUGCAUACAAGUCUAGUGGCGGAUAGCCCUGAGCUGGUUUCAUUUGAAUGUAGCAAGAGAAAUCAGCUUAAUACCGGGUUUAGUUCAGUUGAUUUUAGCCAGAGAGAUCAGCUUCAUACUGGCACACCCUCUGCAGCACAAGCUUUGCUAACUGGGAAACUGGGUGAGCUUGCUGCUUUCAAAUACUUUACUGGCAAGCUGGGUAAGACAGUGAAAUGGGUCAAUAAAGAUAAUGAAACUGGGUUACCCUAUGAUUUAGUGGUAGAAGAGGAAGGAGGUCAUAUAGAAUACAUUGAAGUUAAAGCAACCAAAUCUGCAAGGAAAGACUGGUUCAAUAUAUCAACGAGAGAGUGGCAAUUUGCUGCUGAAAAAGGUGACUCUUUCAGCAUUGCACAUGUUCUUUUAAGUGAUAAUGAGGCUAAGCUUACAGUAUAUACAAAUCCUAUCAAACUUUGCCAGCAUGGCAAGCUGCAAUUGGUUGUUUUGAUGCCAAGGCAGCGGAAGGAUUUCGCAGUCAUGUCCUAACUUGUGUUGUCUUGUUCUAUAUGUGAUUUUGUGGAAAUCAAUGAACAAAUUGAUCUUUGAGAUUACCUGAAAUGCUGGAACGGCCCUUUGAUUGCCUACUUUUGAUUCCAAAGAAUCUGGUCACCAAGGUUAUGGCUCAUAUUCGGGUCGAGCAGACAGCAAAUUGAAGGCCUCUGCUAUGAAACAAUCUCUGACAGUGCUGAGUUGUAUGCUACUAAUACAUUUUAGUGAAGGAUUUUUCCAAGAGAACAUGGUAUUCCCUGAGAGUGAAGUACAGGUUUUUGAGGAGCUCCUUAAUGGGAUUUAAGUAGACCAUUACCAGAAUCUUUAACAUGAAGAUAUAAAGCGUUACUGAUACAUUAAAGGUUUUACCAUGGAACAUUGGUGUAUGCAUGGACAGCAUUCAACAAGCUAAUUCAUUCAUUGUAACGUAUUCACAUAUAGUUUCCUAUAAGAUGUGUAUAGUUUUUAUACCUUGGUAGAGCGCAUUGACGUAUAGAAACAUGAUUAAUUUUAUCAAAAGAAGCUAUCUACUGAGAUUAUAGAUCAUAUUUUAUGCUCGAGUUUGCUGUCUUCAAAUGAUUCAGAAGCCAACAAAGGCAAGAGAUUUUUGGUGCAUGUUUAGAGGUUCCAUCGAAAUUGGUUGGUCAGAAACUGUCUCCAAAUCUCGUCAGCUGUCCGAAACUGUCCUAGUGUGUUCUGGUUUUGCGACCUCCUAAGUUCAUUUUUUUGCAAAAUUUAAGGGAUUUUUGUUUUUGCAAAGUGGGGUGAUGCUAAUCUUAUUGGCCUUAGGCUGUUAGAUGCUUUAAAAAUGCUUUGAUUUGAACUCCAUUUUGUGAAAAGAGAGUUUUCAAGUACUUCACUUUACACACAGAUAUUUAGACACUUUGAUUUAAAAUCUUGUUCCUUCUUAAUAGGAUUUUCCGGUUAUUUUUCUUGUUUUGUUAAUUAAUACUAUGGAUAAAAUAUUAUGAAAAUUGAAAA